GUGAAGGAGAACAACUACCGGGGCCAUGGGGACAGCGUGGACCAGCUCUGCUGGCAUCCCAGCAACCCUGACCUCUUUGUCACAGCAUCUGGGGACAAAACCAUCCGCAUCUGGGACGUCCGCACCACCAAGUGCAUCGCCACUGUCAAUACCAAAGGGGAGAACAUCAACAUCUGCUGGAGCCCUGAUGGACAGACCAUUGCAGUAGGGAACAAGGAUGACGUGGUCACAUUCAUUGAUGCCAAGACGCAUCGCUCCAAAGCUGAGGAACAGUUCAAGUUUGAGGUGAAUGAGAUCUCCUGGAACAACGAUAACAACAUGUUCUUCCUCACUAACGGGAACGGUUGCAUCAACAUCCUCAGCUACCCAGAGCUGAAACCCAUUCAGUCCAUCAACGCCCAUCCUUCAAACUGCAUCUGCAUCAAAUUUGAUCCCAUGGGAAAGUACUUUGCCACGGGCAGUGCUGACGCGUUGGUCAGCCUCUGGGAUGUGGAUGAACUGGUGUGUGUGAGGUGCUUCUCACGGCUUGACUGGCCCGUGCGGACACUCAGCUUUAGCCACGAUGGGAAGAUGCUGGCGUCGGCGUCAGAAGAUCACUUCAUUGACAUUGCAGAGGUGGAGACAGGAGAGAAGCUCUGGGAGGUGCAGUGCGAGUCCCCCACCUUCACAGUGGCCUGGCACCCGAAGAGGCCGCUGCUGGCCUUCGCCUGUGACGACAAAGAUGGCAAAUAUGAUAGCAGCAGGGAGGCAGGAACUGUCAAGCUCUUCGGGCUCCCCAAUGACUCCUAA